AUGCAUAUCUUUGUCGCGAUUGCCUGCUUUGUCGGUGCAGCUGUCGCCGCUCCCAGCGGAGGAUAUGAAGUAGCGGCAGUCGACAGCCACUCCAUACCUCGCUAUGAAUUCAACUACGCUGUCAAAGACCCACAAACUGGAGACAACAAGGCACAAACCGAGGUUCGCGAUGGCGACGUCGUUAAGGGUUCCUACUCUCUCACAGAGCCCGACGGUACCUUGAGAGUAGUUGACUACAGUGCUGAUUCCGUACGAGGUUUUAAUGCCGUCGUCAAACGUGUCGGCAAUGCGGUCCAUCCACAGACAAUACAAGCCCCAGUGAUUAGCAAACAAAUCAUCCAACCAGUUUAUGAGCAAAUCGCUCCUAUUGCAGCACCCAUCCAUGGCAAUGCCUUCUCGUACUCAUCGAACGUUCUCAACCUUGGGAGUUUGAAUAACGGUUUGGGAUUACAUUACGGAUUGGGGCUCAAUAACGGUUUGGAACUCAAUAACGGAUUUGGACUUAAUGACGGAUUGGCACUUAAUGACGGCUGGGGACUAGAUAGCGGCUUGGGAUUGAAAGGAUCUUUGGACCUCGGUCAUGGUUAUGGAGGAUACAAACAUUAA